CGACAACAAGACGCGCACGAGACACCAGAGACAGUUCAGCGGGAAGCUUGUCUCGUUGUGGUCGAAGAUUGACUGAAGCUCUACCAUGCCUGUGGCCUCCACCAGGACAGAGCCCGUGCACCAGUUGGACACAAUGAGCGGCAGCACGACCAGUUCCACCACAGCCAAUGACCUGGAUCUCAUCUUCCUCAAAGGCAUCAUGGAGAGCCCUCUGGAGCCAGAGGAGAGCCUGAAGGCGCCGCGUCCGUCGCCAGUGAGGGAGAACAACGUGGAGCUCCUGCAGGAGAUCCUCAGUGACCUGAACCCCUUCACAAACCACUCCGACACUGCAGCUGAGCUCAGCCAAAUACUGACACAGCCUCACUUCCAGUCUCUACUGGAGACUCACGAUUCAGUGGCGUCCCAGUCAUGCGACAGCCCCCCACCCAGCCCUUGUGAUUGUGUGGAUCAUGAGCAGGAAGAUGGCCGCACACACAACCUGCCCCCGCCGCCUGAUGCAAUCCGCAUGGUGGGAAUACGUAAAGUGGCGGGGGAACACCUGGGUGUAACGUUCAAGGUGGAGGGUGGUGAGCUGAUUAUAGCCCGCAUCCUCCAUGGAGGGAUGAUAGACCAGCAAGGACUUCUGCAUGUCGGCGACAUCAUCAAAGAGGUGAAUGGACGAGAGGUGGGACAGGAUGCCAGGGUGAUGCAGGAGGAGCUGCAAGCAGCCAGUGGAAGUGUGGUUCUGAAGAUACUGCCCAGCUACCACGAAGCCAUACAGCCAAAACAGCUGUUCUUUAAGUGUCACUAUGACUACGACCCGGCCAACGACAACCUGAUUCCCUGUAAGGAGGCGGGCUUAAGGUUCGAAACAGGAGACAUCCUGCAGAUCGUCAACCAGGAUGACAUCAACUGGUGGCAGGCUCGUCAUAUCGAGGGUGGAAGUGCUGGGCUGAUCCCCAGUCAGAUGCUGGAGGAGAAGAGGAAAGCGUUUGUCAAGAGAGACGUGGAACUGGCACCAACAGGAAAUCUUUGUACUGGUGUUGGCGGGAAGAAAAAGAAGAAAAUGAUGUACGUGACAACCAAAAAUGCAGAGUUCGACAGACAUGAGAUCCUGCUCUACGAGGAGGUGGCCAAGGUCCCGCCUUUCAAGAGGAAAACUCUGAUUUUAAUUGGUGCCCAGGGUGUGGGGCGGCGGAGACUGAAGAACAAGCUUCUACUGAGAGAUUCACUACUCUUUGGCACCACCAUUCCAUAUACUUCCAGAAAGCCCAAGAAGGAGGAUCGCGAGAGUCGGAUGUACGCCUUCACCAGCCGCAGCAAGAUGGAGGCCGACAUCAAGAGUGGGCGCUACCUCGAGCACGGAGAGUACGACGGCAACCUGUAUGGCAUCAAGACGGACUCCAUACACGAGGUGGUGGAGGCCGGACGCGUCUGCAUUCUGGACGCCAACCCUCAGUCUCUCAAAGUGCUGAGGACCUCGGAGUUCUUGCCCUACGUGGUGUUCCUUCAGUCUCCAGACUUUGAGGUGCUCAAGGCGAUGAACCACUCAGCGGUAGAGGCAGAGGUGGUAACCAAGACACUGACGGAUGAAGAGCUACAAAAGACGUGCGACGAGAGCGCUAAAAUGCAGGCGGCCUUCGGUCACUACUUUGACCUCAGCAUCGUCAACGACAACCUGGACGAGACCUACCGCACCGCCAAGGCCGCCAUGGAAACGGUUUCUAAAAACCCCCAGUGGGUCCCGGUCACCUGGGUUUUCUAAAAGGAGGCAGUGGAGAGCAGAGGAGGAUGGGGGAUUAAUGGCACUGAAAAAUAUACCGCUGUGUUAAUAACGGAAGUUCUUAUUUAGAUUUCUUAAAGUUUCCAAAGAGAUCAAAUUUGACCAUUGCGAUAGCCGAGCAUCAGAACAAUAUGUGCUUACUAAAGUAGCUGCUUUGCAAAUAAAUUACAGGAUGCAUUAUUGAAAGUGUGAAUAAGACGUCCAUUAUUUAAACAGUUACAUUUUAUUCUGUGCCUGGAGGACAGGAAUGGGGGGAAUAUAAAGAAACGACAAUGAGAAGGAAAAGGAAGGAAGUGAACAACACAAAUGUAGCUGUGAAUGUCAGAAAUUCACAGAUUUGACCUGGAUGUGUGUGUAUUUGUGAGUGAGUGUGUGUGUGUGUGUGUGUGCGUGUAUGUUAUAAGGGCUAAUAGCUAAAUCUGAUCUUUCUGACACCAUUUUAAUUUUAAUUAACAAACAUUAGACCUAAAAUGUUUUCAUGAACAAACGCCCAUCAUGAUUUACAAAGGACCAAAUAUCUCAUCUUGCCAAAUGUGUUUGCCAGGCUGUUCAAAAAGCCAAAGCUCUUCAAUGUACAAAUAGUAUGAAAUGGAAAAGGUCAGCAAUUUCUAUUAUUGUCAUACAUUAUUGGCUAAUUGGUUAUUUAAAGUGGCAAUCCAUAUGAUUUUAGUCAUGUGCUAUGCUACGUAGACGUUUGUUAUGCUACGUAGACGUGUGCUAGGCUACGUAGACGUGUGCUAGGCUACGUAGAUGGUUACUAUGCUACCUAUACAUGUGCUAGGCUAUGUAUAUGUGUGCUAGGCUACGUAUAUGUGUGCUAUGCUACGUAGACAUGUGCUAGGCUAUAUAGACGUGUGCAAUGCUACGUAGACGUGUGCUAGGCGACAUAGACGUUUAUUAUGCUACCUAUACGUGUGCUAGGCUACGUAUACGUGUGCUAGGCUACGUAUAUGUGUGCUAUGCUACCUAUACGUGUGCUAGGCUAUGUAUAGGUGUGCUAGGCUACAUAUAUGUGUGCUAGGCUACGUAUACGUGUGCUAUGCUACGUAGACGUGUGCUAGGCUACGUAGACGUGUGUUAUGCUACGUAGACGUGUGCUAGGCUACGUAGACGUGUGCUAGGCUGCGUAGACGUGUUCUAAGCUAUGUAGACGUGUGCUAGGCUGCGUAGACGUGUUCUAAGCUAUGUAGACGUGUGCUAGGCUGCGUAGACGUGUUCUAAGCUAUGUAGACGUGUGCUAGGCUGCGUAGACGUGUUCUAAGCUAUGUAGACGUGUGCUAGGCUACGUAUAUGUGUGUUAGGCUAUGUAUACUUGUGCUAUGCUACGUAGACGUCUGCUAGGCUACGUAGACGUGUGCAAUGCUACGUAGACGUGUGCUAGGCUACGUAGACAUGUGCUAGGCUACGUAGACGGUUACUAUGCUACCUAUACAUGUGCUAGGCUAUGUAUACGUGUGCUAGGCUACGUAUAUGUGUGCUAUGCUACGUAGACGUGUGCAAUGCUACGUAGACGUGUGCUAGGCGACGUAGACGUUUAUUAUGCUACCUAUACGUGUGCUAGGCUACGUAUACGUGUGCUAGGCUACGUAUAUGUGUGCUAUGCUACCUAUGUGUGCUAGGCUACGAAGACGUGUGUUAUGCUUCGUAGACGUGUGCUAGGCUACGUAGACGUGUGUUAUGCUACGUAGACGUGUGCUAGGCUACGUAGACGUGUGCUAGGCUACGUAGACGUGUUCUAAGCUAUGUAGACGUGUGCUAUGCUACGUAGACGUCUGCUAGGCUACGUAGACGUGUGCAAUGCUACGUAGACGUGUGCAAUGCUACGUAGACGUGUGCUAGGCUACGUAGACGGUUACUAUGCUACCUAUACGUGUGCUAGGCUACGUAUAUGUGUGCUAUGCCACGUAGACGUGUGCUAGGCUACAUAGACGUGUGCAAUGCUACGUAGACAUGUGCUAGGCUACAUAGACAUGUGCUAGGCUAUGUAGACCUUUACUAUGCUACGUAUAUGUGUGCUAUGCUUCGUAGACGUGUGCUAGGCUACGUAGACAUGUUCUAAACUACGUAGACGUGUGCUAGGCUACUAUUCCAUUUUCAUGAAGCAACUGCAUGUUGGAACUAAAAGCUAAAAUCAGGUGUGCAACAGUUGAUCCUGAUGUUAUUUAGCAACUUAGAAAACAACAAAAAAUCAGUUAAAUAUCAGACACUGAUCGUGAUCACAGCCAGAUCUAAAGAGCCCAAGUGUGGUUGAGGGAGCAGUCUUACAUACAAACACACACACAGAAAACUUUGCACAGAAGCUCUAUUUUACUACAACAUUGUAUUUCAUAAGAAUGGGUAACUCUGUCAACAUUCCUACUAUUAUAAUUUGCACUUUUUAUUUUGUAGUAUUUAUAAUCUCAUUUGUGUGUGUGUGUGUGUGUACAACUGUUGGUUGUAUUUAUUAACUAUUUGUAGAUAGCAUGUAGAGACGCAAUGAUAUUAUUCUACUUACUGAUUUUUAGUAGGUAUGAGAUUACCGGCUAGUAUUUACAGUAUGACACUUGUGUUUUCAUUUCAGAAGUUGGUUAGUAAAGACAUACAGUGGCCUACGAGUGAACAACACAACAACAAAAAAGACCGUCAAAUACAAGUGUGAAAGUAUGAAGACAAUUUAAACUGCAACUAAUUUGUCAUCUUUUUUUCAUAUACGGUUGUGCACGUCCUCGGCCACUGUAGGUAUAACGCUGCCCAUUGUGCCAAAAGCUCCUUGAGCUGCUUGUUUGUACUUUUGAUCUGUUGUUGUGGCAGCUACUGAACCUUUAAUGCACAGUUCAUUGUUUAGGGAUAGAUGAGUAAAAUAGCUGUGGGUCACAUCUGGCAAAUAAGCGAUGCUCAGACCAGUUGUUCAUAUUUAGAGGUGACAUUUGUUAGUGAAGUCACAUUUGUAUUUAUGCAAGUGGCUUGCAAAAUAGAUAUUUGUUUGGCAGCAUGUGUAUUGCUAUCCAAAACCUCUCUGUGUCCUUUCUCUAGGAAUUUUUCGCAAAUGCAAUAAAAACAUUUCUGUCACUGAAUCGUGAAUGAUUUACAUUUACAGGAAUUUGUGUUUUACCAAUUUGCAUUCAGGUUUUAAAAACAUGGCACACAUGAAGUGACUUGAAGUGUAUGUACACUUUCUAUGUACUAAAUAUGCACUUUUGAAGAGUCAUUUCAAAAUAUUACAUAACAACCUAAUUCAAUAUGAGAUUUAAAGAAAAAAGGUUGCCUGAAAGAGACACUCCAGUGAUUUAGUAUUGCACUUCCAUAGUGUGGAGGAAGUUGCAAGAGAUGGAUUUACAAAAAGAAUGGUCAAAAUUAUUGCAGCAGAUGUGGAGGUAUCCAAAUAUUUAUUAUAGGUCAAGCUCUAAAAACCCAAAUACUACAACUCUCAUAAGGCAUUGAAUUUAAAUUCAAUGGUCUGCAUUUCACAUAAAAUCAUAAAAUCUCUACAGUCUCUAAAAUGCAUGGCUCUCAAAUGGAAGGUGAAUACAUUUUUUAACCUCAUAGUUUUGUUGUAGGCCUGAUGAUUGUUCAAGCUUCUGUCUAUACUGAAUAAAUAAUUGAUUAUGA